CGUCUCCGCGCAGUAGAUCUUGUGACCUUUAAAUAGACAAUAAUAUGAAGCUGAAGAAUUAUUAUAUUCUUAAAUGUAAUUUCUUACUUCCUUUGGCUGAUUUUCAGGACUCUAAAAACCGAAUUUGGAGUUUUUAAACUUCCUACUGUGGUGGUACUCUUUUAGCUAUUACUGUAUAGGAGGCUAGAUUUUUUUAUACAAAAAUUGCCAGAGUCUGUAUCAAACGAAUACCUUACAUUGUCUAAAAUUUGUUAAUUUAUCAUCCUUUUUGAAAAGUUUAACUGUUCGUCGCGGUAGUUUACUCAUAUACGUUUCUGUCAUUUCAACCAGUAAUGGACAAGCGAAAAGAAUCUGAAUUUCCACAGAAUGGUCAUGUCGUGAAACGGCCUCGUGUGGAAGAUGUAACUUUAGUUUCAGAAGAAGAUACCUUGUCUAGGACUUCAGACUUAAUAGCUCCUAAUUUACAAAUGUUAGGACACUCUUCAGAAGUCUUGGUAUCAAGAUUUGAUACUUCUGGCUCGAAAUUCGCGUCUGGCGGGAUGGAUCGUCAAAUACUUUUAUGGAAUGUAUUUGGAGAAGUCAGUAAUUUUGGUAUUUUGUCUGGUGCUAAGGGUGCUAUAACUGAUUUACAAUGGAGCAGAGAUGGUGAAGUUUUAUACAAUGCAUGCUCCGACACUAACCUAUACUCAUGGAAUACAAAUUCUGGACAAAAAAUAAGAAAGUACAAGGGCCAUGCUGGCGUGGUCAAUGCUCUAGAUGUAUUACGUGUCGGUUCAGAAUUGCUAGCUUCAGUCAGUGAUGACUCGACUUUAAAGGUGUGGGAUAGUCGCUCUAGGGACUGUAUACAAAGCAUAGGAGAAAAGUUUCCUCUUACGGCUGUCGCCAUUUCACAGCAAGGCACUACUGUAUACACUGGAGGCAUCGAGGGUGUCAUUAAAGCGUGGGAUCUAAGAACAAACGAAGUUCUUUACACUUUGACAGAACAUAAUGAUAUUAUUACGAGCUUAUCUUUGUCUAAGGAUGGUUCAACUUUGUUAUCCAACUCCAUGGAUAGCACAGUAAGAACUUUUGAUGUAAAACCAUUUGCUCCUUCCAAUAGACACAUUAGUGUUUACAGUGGAGCCGUUCACGGAUUAGAGCACAAUCUUUUAGGAGCCGCAUGGAGCGGAGAUACUCGUUUAAUUGCUGCAGGUAGCUCGGAUCGGAAUACGUACGUUUGGUCAUCCUCUUCGGGGGAACUUAAAUAUCAAUUGCCUGGUCAUGAAGGUUGUGUCAAUCACGUCGAUUUUCAUCCAACCCAAAAUAUCAUCCUCUCGUGUUCUUCAGACAAAACUAUGUUUCUUGGUGAACUUAGCUAGAAUAAUAAAGUCUGUUUUUUGCAGUUAUUAAACCCACAUUUAUUGUACCUUGUC